AUGGAUGAAGCACUCGCAGAUAAACUAGUAGUUAUAAAUAUCUCGGAUGUACUGAAUAUAGGACUUUAUGAUAUAAGAUGUGGAGAAACCUCUUCUGAUCAGGCUACUAGCAAGGCCUCGGAAGUUGUAGUUAAAGAUACAUCAGAGAACUUAAAGCAUGAGGAAGAUAGUAGGCCUAUGCCUUAUGGUAACCAUUCCGAUGCCCACCCAAAAAACGAUGAUGAUAGCAACAACCAAUCUAAUGAAGGCGAAACUCAAAUCACUUUUCCAUUGGAUGAAAAUCGUGAGUCUAAACAAGACACUGACAACGUGAACAACAAAAGUAACGAAGGCCCAGAAACUAAUGUGGACUCUGUGAAACUGGACAUUGCUGGCACAGAAAAAGUAGGCAGUCCAAAAGAGGUACUAAAUAGCAACAUCCAUCCUGAUAGCCAAGAAGACACUCAUGUUUCUUGCUUAAAGGAUGAAAAUUGUGCAGAGUUUAAUGACCAAAUGAAUAAUAGAAAUAACGAAGACCAAGAAUCUAACAUGGACUAUCUGGGAUCAGACAAUACUGGCAAAGAACAAGCAAGUAGUUCAACAGAGGUAUUGAAUAGCGGCUGCCAACCUAUCGAUGAAGAUGAUACCCAUGCCUCUAACCCAAUGAAUGAAAAUCUUGAGGAUUCGCAUAUUAAAGGUAAAGGUGGAGAAACCUCUUCUGAUCAGGCUACUAGCAAGACCUCGGAAAUUGUAGUUAAAGAUACAUCAGAGAACUUAAAGCAUGAAAAAGAUAGUAUGCCUUAUGGUAACCAUUCCGAUGCCCACCCAAAAAACGAUGAUGAUAGCAACAACCAACCUAAUGAAGGCGACACUCAAAUCACUUUUCCAUUGGAUGAAAAUCGUGACUUUAAACAAGACACUGACAACAUGAACAACAAAAGUAACGAAGGCCCAGAAACUAAUUUGGACUCUCUGAAACUGGACAUUGCUGGCACAGAAAAUGUAGGCAGUAGCAACAUCCAUCCUGAUAGCCAAGAAGACACUCAUGUUUCUUACUUAAAGGAUGCAAAUUGUGCAGGGUUUAAUGACCAAAUGAAUAAUAGAAACAACGAAGACCAAGAAUCUAACAUGGACUCUCUGGGAUCAGACAAUACUGGCAAGGAACAAGCAAGUAUUUUAACAGAGGUAUCGAUUAGCGGCUGCCAACCUAUCGGUGAAGAUGAUGCCUCUAACCCAAUGGAUGAAAAUAUUGAGGAUUCGCGUACUAAAGGUAAAGGUGAAGAAACCUCUUCUCAGCAGACUACUAGCAAGACCUCGAAAAUUGUAGUUGAAAAUAUGUCAGAGAAUUUAAAGCAUGAGGAAGAUAGUAUGCCUAAUGAUAACCAUUUCGAGUCAAACCCCCAAAACGACGAUAAUGAUAGCAACAACCAAUCUGAUAAAGGCGACACUCAUAUCUCUUCUACAUUAGAUGAAAAUCGUGACACUGACAACGAGAAUAACAAAUGUAACGGAGGCCAAGAAAAUAAUGCAGACUGUCUGAAACUGGACAUUACGUGUACUGGAAAAACAGGCAGUGCAGAAGAAGUACUGAAUAGCAACACCGAUCCUGAUAGUAUAGAAGACACUCAUAACUCCAAUUUAGAGGAUGAAAAUCGUAAAGACAGUGACCAAAUAAAAAAUAGAAUUGACGAAGACCAAGAAAUUAGAUCAGACUAUAAUGGCAAAGAAGCAGGUAGUUCAACAGAGGUACAGAAUAGAGACUACCAUUCCAAUGGUGAAGAUGAUGCCCAUGCCUCUAACCCUGGGAAUGAAAAUUGUGAGGAUUCGCAUAUUAAAGGUAAAGAAGAUCAUAAUCCUAAGUUUAAUGAAGAGAGUGACCAAAUACACAAUAGAAGUGACGAAGAUCAAGAAUCUAACACUGACAUUCUGGGAUCAGAAAAUACUUGCAAAGAACUAGCAGGUAGUUCAACAGAGGUACAGAAUAGCGACUGCCAUUCCAAGAGUAAAGAUGAUACCCAUGCCUCUAACUCAGUAAAUGAAAAUCGUGAGGAUUUGCUUAUUAAAUGUGAAGGUGGAGAAACCUCUUCUCAGCAGACUACUAAGACCUCGGAAAUUGUAGUUGAAGGUAUGUCAGAUAAUUUAAAGCAUGAGAAAGAUAGUAUGCCUAAUGAUAGCCAUUUCGAGUCAAACCCAAAAAACGAUGAUGAUGAUGAAAGCAACAACCAAUCUGAUAAAGGCGACACUCAAAUCUCUUCUACAUUGGAUGGAAAUCGUGAGUUUAAACAAGACACUGACAACGUGAAUAACAAAAGUAACGAAGGCCGAGAAACUAAUACGGACUGUUUGAAACUGGACAUUACUUCCACUGGAAAAGCAGGGAAUCAAAAUAGAAUUGACGAAGACCAAGAAAUUAGUUUGAGAUCAGACAAUAAUGGCAAAGAACAAGCAGGUAGUUCAACAGAGGUACAGAAUAGCGACGACCAUCCCAACAAUGAAGAUGAUACCUAUGCCUCUAACCCAGGAAAUGAAAAUCGUGAUUUUCAAACCGACAAAAGAGUAAGUGAGCGACACCAAGGCACUGGGAUUCAACAGCCGGUGAGAGUAAAGGAGAAAUACUCUGAAUUGAUUCCUUCCGCAGGCUUUCGAAGCCAAAUAUAUAACAGAGACUGUGAAAGAUUCAGAAACGGUUAUCCUGACGACGAAGUGGACGAUGAAAAUCUUCAAAAUAACUGGUUCUUCUACAAUAAUGAGAUCAAAUUCGAGCCUAGAGGGGAAUACAUCGAUAUUAUGCAUAGUGAAUGGAAAUGGGAUUACAAAAGACUUGAAACUAAUCAUUGUUACAUCCAAUGGUUAUUCCCGAUAAGAGAGCAAGGAGUAAAUCAUUUUUCUCAAAUUUUGCAGCCACACGAGGCCAAGAAAAUAACAUUAAGUGCACAAGCCCGCAAAAGAGUGAUUAAUAGUCUGGAACUAAUGCUUGACUUCUACGGUAUAAGCGUAAAGGAAAACACCAAAGAUAGUUAUAAAUUGUGCAGAUCCUCUGAUUGGGAACUUCGGUUCCAUCACCUCAAUUGGUCUUACCAUAACUGGCAACGUAUUACACGUAUUUUGAAGUGUAUGUGUGAGUUGGGAUUUGUGGACGUACAACCCCCAUUGAUUUGGUUCUUCUUUAAUGAAAUUUUCAUUACGGGGAAAUUGUAUCGUGCAGAAAAAAGCUUUAUGGAGUUUUGGUUGCAAACUCUAAAAGAUGACAAAAUGAGGCUUCACAUUGAAGAAGAAGCUGGGAAGAUCAAACGUGGCACUCCUUUUCAAUUUUCAGAUAGUCUGAUCCUUCCGAAAUCUUUCACUGAUGCCAAAGACCUAACACAACCUGAUAAAGAAACAGAUAGUGUAAGCUUGCAAGAGAUGGACCAGGAACUAAGCAAAGAGAGUGAAGGAGCUGUCAACAACAAUGGUGACAAGAAGCUGAUGAUAACACUCCAAGUAGAAUCUUCAUCAGCUACAUCCGCAAAUAUUGAAUGCGAAAUAGACACAGGAGCAUCCUGCUGUAUAAUGUCUCAAGAUGAACUUGAUAAGAUAGAAAGGAACAUAGAAUUAAAGCAUUCCAGUACCAAACUGAAGAUGUACAAUGACCAAGAGGUAAAGGUGCAUGCUAAAGCGCUAGAAAUGGGCUUAAUAAUAGGGGCAAAAGACAUCCAUCAGGCUACAGUUCAAGAUAGUAUCACGAGCAUACUAGAUACGUAUAGCGAUGUGUUCGAAGGACUUGGUUGCCUACCAGGUGCAUACGAGAUAGAAAUAGAUGAAUCCAUACAACCAGUGAAAAACCGACCGAGAAGAGUUGCAGUUGCUAUUAAAGAUGAACUCAAAUUUCAACUACUAGACUUAGAACAAAGAGGUAUCAUUGAGAAGGUAACUAAACCUACGGAUUGGCUCAGUAGUAUGGUUGUUGGUUAA